UACAAACUUAUAUUCAGUAAAAAUGGAGAAAGUAGCUUUGAUAUUCAUCGGUCUUCUACUUUUCUCAACAUGCACUCAAAUUCUUUCGAAGUCUUGCAACACGUAUAAUUCAUGUCAAUGCGUUAAAGAUGGAAACGUGGAUUUACCCCUUCAAACGAGGUGUGACCCUGCUGCUUGCGCUGCUUUAUGCAAGUCAAAAGGCGAAGAAGUUGGGUUUUAUGUUUGUGCUUUAGAUCAUUGUUACUGUCGCAAACCUCCUAUGUAAUAACAAGCUUGCAGUA